UGGGGGGCCGGAACCGCUUCUCAGAAUGGGAUAAAAUGAUUUCCGUGAUUCCUGAGAACCCUCAUAUUUUCGUAGGCUUAAAAAAAAAAAAUCUAACCAGAGCGUUUUUUCUUCGCGAAUUUCUUAAUCCUGAAACCUAAGCAGAAAAUAAAAGGCUUACCCGGCUGAAUUUCCGGAGGACCGAGAUUGCAACGAACAACCAGGAAGCGGCUGGGCUAGGAGCUGUCUCCGGUUCUCUGCUUCUCUUGAGGGCUUUUCAGGGGUCUCUACGCCUCCGUCUCCCGUUCCGCGUGGUUCCUGCCUGGAACUCGGAUUCGGCCCGGACUGUCACUCCGGAGCCGCCAUGUCGUCCGAUUUCGAAGGCUAUGAGCAGGACUUCGCGGUGCUUACUGCAGAGAUCACUAACAAGAUUGCGAGGGUACCCCGACUCCCACCUGAUGAAAAGAAACAGAUGGUUGCAAAUGUGGAGAAACAGCUUGAAGAAGCAAAAGAAUUGCUGGAACAGAUGGACUUGGAAGUCCGAGAUAUACCACCCCAAAGUCGAGGAAUGUAUAGCAACAGAAUGAGAAGCUAUAAGCAAGAAAUGGGAAAACUUGAAACAGAUUUUAAAAGGUCACGGAUCGCCUACAGUGACGAAGUACGGAAUGAGCUCCUAGGGGAUGAUGGGAAUUCCUCAGAGAACCAGAGGGCACAUCUGCUCGAUAACACAGAGAGGCUGGAAAGGUCAUCUCGGAGACUAGAGGCUGGAUACCAAAUAGCAGUAGAAACCGAGCAAAUUGGCCAGGAGAUGUUGGAAAACCUCAGUCAUGACAGAGAAAAGAUACAGCGAGCACGUGAAAGACUUCGGGAAACAGAUGCUAACUUGGGGAAGAGCUCCAGGAUUCUGACAGGGAUGUUGCGAAGAAUCAUCCAGAACCGUAUUCUGCUCAUCAUCCUGGCAAUCAUCGUGGUCAUCACCAUCCUGAUGGCGAUUAUUCUUUAUGUCAAAAGACACUGAUGUAUCUGCUGUCCCUUGAUAAACAGCAACAACGGCUUGUUCUGAGUAAUUAAGACAGAAUGGUCACAUGAAUCAUUCUUUUGCACUGACAGGCCCUGUGACCCCUCCCUCCCUCACCACUGUGUGUGCAGCCGAAGCACAAAGAGUGUAAAACUAUUUUCUAUCCCUGUUUGCAUGUGGGUUGAUUUCCUCUUCCAGGCUUGUCUUCACCCAGAUUUGCUCUUCGUAGGGGAAGGUGAAUGUUUAUUUGCCUGUUGGUCAUUUCAUCGACUGACCAAAAGAGCCCCUGUGACAUUCUUCCUUGCCCUGUGGGCGUGUCAGGGUCACGGUCUGGGAGAGGGCGCUAUGAAUCAGUCCUGGAGCUUCCGAUGGGUGUGCUCCGUGGCUGGCUGUUUGUCACACACCGCUUGUCACCGACUUGCCCUUCUGUAAUGUCCAAGGAUGCAAGUGCAGAGAAAACCAGGGUCUGGAGCCAGUGAACUGCUCCAGCAGAUGGGCCAGCUUCCUACCCAAGCAUAAUGAAGAGCCCGCCUGCCUGAGUGGUUUCAUUGUAAAGGUGGGUAUUUAAUGUCAGAUGUGCAGGAAAUUUCCCUAUUUUUCUAUUGCCUCAUAUUUUUAUUUUUUACCCAAGAAUGUCUUUGCUGAGUCCACCUGAUGUCCACUUUUCACAACUUUGAUUACCAGCUACAAGAACUAUUCCCUUUCAUUCCAAAAAUUCCAUACUCCCUAGAGUUUGCUGGCAAAGUGAGCCUUGGCACGGUAUUUAAUUGUGACCUCGUCUUCCCUGACCUGUGUAAGCAUCUCUGUAUCCUUCAGGUUUUAAUAUUUGCACUGCCAAAAGCAGCCCUCAUACAUGCAAAAGGUCUGACAAGGGUCUCUCCACAUCCAUUCCAGUAUGUAAAGAGAACAUGAAUAUUUCAGUAAGAGCAAGAACAUGACUCUGUCAGUGUGAAAUUUCAAAUGUGAUUAUAAAUAUAGUAAAGUCCUAUAGGAUGAUCCACUAGAAAUAAACUUCACAGAACAUGUUCACUAACCUCCUUUCAAAGAUUAAGGGAUUGCUGAGUGUUCCAAAAAAAAAAAGGAUGGCUUGGUUUUCGUUUUUGUUUUUUUUUAAACUGACAAAUAUUAGCAAAGCCUUCCUGAAUUUAAUGUGUAUUCAAACUUCUAACAUGCGCUGUGAUUUUCUUUCAUUUCUCUUUGUCUGUGAGUAACAGGAAUUGCGUUCAAAAUGAGUUCGCUUGUAAUCAUGCUUAAAGUUGCCCAAGAUGAGGUCAUUUUUCCCCUACUUGUAAAGCAAAAAGUGUUUUUCUUAAGACUUCUUAGGCAGUUCCAGGGUCCAUGAUGUCUUUCGAGUCUAAUUGGAAGCUUUGGAUGCUUGAAAAGCAAACCUAUCCUCUUCAUACAAAAUGCUAACCACCUGUGCCCACGGACCACGGUUGCCCGGAUGCAGCGCUUGAUGUUUCUCCCAGCUCAGAAGAGAACCAUUAUGGCUUAGCGAGGAAAUGCAGAAUGCCAAAAGCCACCAGAGAAAUGGAACUUACCGAAGCAGGCCAGGGCCUGCAUGUGUUCCAAUAAAUCAUUUAGUAUUGUGUAAAUAAAGCUGCAGUCUGACUUCGGAGGACAGUGUGGGAUUUUGGCAGAGGGAAGUAGGACAACAGAGGAGUGGGAGGCUGGGCUAAUUUUCCUAUCGGCUGAAGGGAUCCAUCUCUGCAAGAAUCUUUUAUUCUGAUACUGGAAUUCUAUACUGCCAAAAACAUUGAUGAAAUCAUUGGAGUAAAAAAAAACCUCCUCCUCAUUCUGAAACACUAAUCUUUGUGAAGAAUUAUACCCACUCCUCUGAUGGCGUCCUUCGAAACUGUUGAUCUUAGCUAACGUGUAUAACUAGUUAUCGAGCCACUCCUGGCGCCUCCAUGCCUUCUACCACUCAGCAGACUCUUCCUAAGGCCACCCAGCAAGCAAGGUUGACCCCCUAAUCUAAACUUGCUGGCUCCUAAACAUUUAACUCAAACUUUGGCUCAUGUUGAAGUAGAUAAAAUGAGAGAGAGAAAUGCAGUGCUCACCUCUCAGUGGCUUUUUUUUCCCUCCCAGUUCUAUCUCUUUAUCAGCUCUUGCCUGUGAUUUUGCCCCAAUUUAACUUCUGCCCAAGGACACCUUGGGAGUGGAAAGAAGAUGAACAGGUAACCCUUGGCCUAACAGCUCCAUCAAACCCACCUGCAGAGGGACCAUCUCAUAGACCAGGGUAGUAAGUGCUUUGUGAGGAAGUGAGUCAGAAGGUCCCCUAAACAUCUCCCCUGACCCUCCUGGAUGCUGGAGGAGAGACGCAAAGGAACCCCAAGGAAGACAAAGUACUCUUUCUCCUUCCCUGCCCCACUGGGGAAUAAGAAAGUCCACAAAUUCGAAGCAGGUCUUAGAUCUGUGAAAGGUUCUAGAUACUUAAUAGGUAGACGUCAAUAGAUGAAUGUUUCUAAAGUUGGGAGCCUUUGUUAAAAAUGAAGUUUUAUGGAGGUAGGGAGGAUGAAGAUGAAGAUGAGGAGGAGGAGAAGAAAACUCUUGCCAUGUAAAACUCACGCCGCCACCUAAGCAGUUUCCCUGGCAGAGUGAAUAAAGCAGAUGCUACCCUGCUUCAGAAUCGAAAGCAAUUUAAUUAAAGUCUCUUAAGUUGUAAAGAGUUUUAAAUGCUCCACGUUGAAGGCGAAGGCCUACAAAUGCAGUGAGAUUGACGUCAGCCACUAGGCCUGGGCUGGGAGGCCAUUUGCUAUUCUGUUUAAGGCAGGCUGGAUUGAAGAAAUCUUAUUUUGGAACCAGCUUGGUGGGGGGUUUGCUUUGCUACUGCUUCUGAGCCCUGAGCUUCAAAGGCUGAAAUUAAUGGUGAACAAAAUUGUGCGGCUCUGGCCGUCCCAUGCGGGGCAAGCCCAUUGAGGGUUAUCAUUAAGUAAAGAAAUAAAGAGGGGGGAAAAAGCCUGCCUGUUCCAAAAACCUCAUCAGAUAAUGACCUCAGUGAUUGGGUUUUCCUUACCAAACAGCAUCCAGAGAUUAUCUGCCCUGUAGAAGGAGGGAGGGGGAAAGAAAGGCAAAGAAAAGCAACUGUCUUUCUCUCCAUCUCUCUCUUUUUUUUUGCACAUCUUUUCUUUAAAACUGUCAGAUCAUUUCAGUAUUUCAAAUCCGAGGAAAACAGCCUGCCUGCUGCUGUAUUUGAAGUUGUAAUGGUGUCAAAAAGUCACGACUGACUGACAGCCGUCAGUCCCAGAGGAGCUCAUUAAAUCAUAAAAACUUGACAAGGAAAUAAUUGCGCAUCGCCAGCAACUUGGCGCCUGUUUAGACGUUUUUAUUUUCUUUCAUUAUUAGUCCCCACCAUUACGUUCAUUAACAAAUUGCAUUAAACAACUGUUAAGGGCUAAUGAUUUGUUUAUCGCUUUUUUUAUUAUUAUUAUUUAAACAUUAGCUGUGUCAUGUGGUACCCCAGCAGCCUCUUGCCAUCAUCUGACUGAAUAUUUUUCCACUCCGAGCUCUGGGUACUGUUGGAAUAUGAAAUAGAUUAUUCAUUACUCUCCUCUUUGCCACUGAUUUGGUUUCAUGUAGCGUCUUCCACAGAGAAAGAUGAAAACUUGUCAAAAAUAGGUUAUAUCUUAUUCGAAGGGGCAACAAUAGCAGCAGGUAGAGGCACACUUUAAUAUUUAAUUAAGGUUGAUGUUAACCCCUUUAAAUGACUUUAGCUGUAAGUUAUAUUCAAAUGCAGAAGAGAAAAAUAAUUGUUCUUAAUUUGCAAGCUAUUCAGCAGGCAUUCUUCAUGGAGUUAGCUGGAAAUUUAGAGCAGAAUUUUUAAAUAAUGAAAUUUCCCAGCAUAAAUAUUUAUAGCAGUUUGUCGACAUAGUUGAGAAUUAACUACUUUUGCCCACAUCCAAGCAAUGAUUUCCUCAUCACUUUGGUUUGAACUGCUAGCCUAGCAGGACACUCGGUGCUUGGAAGUGGAGGUAGCUUUCCUGGGAGGACGAGGCCAGAGCCAAGGACUGUUGGUUGGUUGUGGCUGGGGCUGGUUUCAAAGGAAUCACUGUGAGUCCCCAAUCCUGGCUCACUUGCCUCUCCCCCUUUGCCUGAGUGUGUGGUUGGAGGACUGUGGUCUGGAGGGAGAGUAAGUAGGGACAACUUAAAGGAAGACUCUUGUGGGUCCAGUUGGCUUGUGCAUGGGGGUGUGAGGGAGGGCAUCUGGGGGCCUCUGUGCAGUCAGUUGAAGCUGAUUGCACACAGUUAACAGGCAACAGCAGCGGCACUUUGCGGGCCUUGACCUUCCACCUGCUUUCGUCUCUGUGAUUUGCCAUUGGUGAAUUGAUCUGCUUUUCUGCGGGCUGUGCACUUGAGGGGCCUGAAAGGAAACAGCUCCAUCAUAUCAUCCUAGACCAGAAGUCGAAGGAGUUCUCCAUGCCUUAACUGCUGGCUGCAGCUGGUUGCCCAGUCCGAUUCUAUGAAUUUACUGAACGAUGGAAAUCACCCUCAGAGGCCUGCUUCAUUGGCAUUUCAGGGCUUGGGCAUUCUGUUCACUGCCAGGGAACCGGAAAUACCUUUCUCCCAGUCUCUUUCUACUCCCACCCUUGCAUCCCCAGAGGGACCAGACCUCUUACGCAGUGACACUAUGGGCGUGAAGGGAAAAGAUGGUACAUGCCCUGUGCUCAAUGCAGCAUCUUUCAGCACCACCCACCCAAGGACAGAUGGUCCUACAGGAGUGGUGGCAUGGGAGAGGCCAGCCCAUAGCUAUGAGCCAGGUACAGCCUGGUCUCGAGCCUCGCUCUGUGCCCUCAUUGACCACUGUCAGUGAUAAUGGAGAUGGCAGAUGCUCCUGGAUCUGGAGGGUCUCAAGUCUUCAUUUCAACCCACUCCAGACCAGUCACAUGACUACCUACCACCCUUGGAAUGCUCCCACAGCUCAGCAGAAGAUGUGCUCAGAGUCCCCAGUCCAAUUCCCAGAGACCUAGGUUAAGGGUGCUGCCUCACCCUAUGCUAAACUAAACCUAAACUAGACCCCAGGAAACUUCUCUGGUUUACAUGAUGUCAUGGAUUGAAUUGUGUCCCCCAAAAAUA